AUGGCUUCCACCAAGGCGACUCCCAAACACACCUUCACUCAGCGUGCUGCUGACGGGAACUUGGGCGAUAGCGAGAUCCUCAACUCGAACAAUGAAGCUGGGCCAAGCCCUCCCAAAGAUGCAGAUGUUGUCGUCACUGGUGGUGGUAUACAUGGGUUAAUCUAUGCCAUCCACUUGGCAACGCAUAAGCCAGGCAAGCUCAAGGUUUCCCUUGUCGAGAAGAACCAGAAGCCCGGGUACAAGAUCGGGGAGAGCACUCUUCCCCUGUUCUCCAUGUGGCUCAAGAUGCACGGCCUAACGGGGGAGUACCUCUUACGCAUCUUUGGAGUCAAGGACGGUUUCGGGUUCUACUUCCUCGAUCGAGAAAACCAGGGGAACUACACCACCCUCAUGAGCUUUGGCACGCCUGCUCCCCACCUGAGCGGCUAUCAGCUUGAGCGCCCCAUCAGUGAGCUUCUCCUCACGUUGUUUGCCCAACGAAACGGGGUCAAUGUGUACCACGGCCGCACUGUCGACUUCAAAGCCUCCAAAGUUCAAGGUGGAAUCAAAAACACCAAGAUUGAGGUCGCCGAAGGACGCCAAGGUCAACCAGCAGCGAGCAUUGACACAUCAUUGCUUAUAGAUGCAACUGGUCGCUUCCGCCAGCUUGCGUCCAAGAAUGCGUCUCUGCACCGCUUUGAAGGAUGGAACUACGAUGCCUUCUGGGGCUACUUUACGUACCCGGAGGAUGAGAGCAAGAUCUCCCUCCGCAAUUUCGAGGGCUGCCACACCAACCACUUUUGCUUCCCCGAGGGCUGGUUCUGGGUCAUCCGGGUUCUCUCAUGGGAAGGCAGCCCAACUGCAAACCUCAUGGAUAUGCUUUCUUAUCUGCUCGACUGUGCAGAAAAGGGAGUCCCGGGCGACCAGGUUCCCAGCACAGCUGAGCUAGCCAAGAUGUUCGGUCUCACCUACCGCUGGGUCACAAGCAUUGGCGUCGCCUGCCGCAACGAUGUCAAGUAUCCAGAGGAUAUAGAGACAUACGGCUCGACCGAGGCAGAGCGCAAGUUCAAUUACUUUGUCCGCAAAUACUCCGUCAUUUCCGAGUUCAUGACCAACUUUGAGCUCAUCCAAGACCUUUACGGUCCGCGCACGACCUGGUUUGUCCGCAAGACCCUCACCUACCAGUCUCCUGUGGUUUCCGGCCCUGGCUGGCUCGCUAUUGGCGACGCUACUGGCUUUACCAACCCUCUCUUCUCCCCGGGCAUCACGGCAAACAUGUCGACAUCGACGUUUGCCGCCGAGCUCACCCACAAGGCAAUCGAAGCAGCCGGGAACGAGAAUACCGUAGACCUUGCCGAAGCAUCGAUCCGCUCGACACUGGCUCCUUAUGACGAGUUCGCAAAGGCCCUCGUCCCGGGAUUGAACCAGAUGAAUUGCUUCAACUAUGUCUGCUUCCGUGAUCCCCGACUGGGCCCACAGGUCUCGUCCAUGUGGCAGAACCUGGCCAGCGCGAUUGGAGGAUUCGGAUCCGUUGUGAAGAACUUCACGCUGACGCCCGAGACGUUCCUGCCAUACGCCCUCAGAUGGCGCUGGGGCUCUGCAGUUGAAGAGUAUAUCGCCGUUGCCCGUCAUGCUAUUGAUCUCAUCAAGCCGAUCCCGCUGGAAGAGCCUGUGCCAGAUGAAAUCGUGCGCAAUAUUAUUGACUUUGCCAACAAGAUGAAACCGAAGGCCCAGAAGGUACUGGCGGACAGGGGCGCAAACAUCCGAUGGGGAGGAUUCUUCAGUUGUUACGAUCAUGAUCUCAACUACCUCGAGGACAAGACAAGGGGGGAUACUUUUACUCGUAAGUGCUCUCACUGCGGGUCGUGGCUCGUGCUUCGUCCAGAUUGGACACUUUGCUAUACUUGUGGAGUGGAAAGGACCGCAGAAGAGGCCGCGAUCACAUGGUAUCCUCCUGCACCUGCAGGGAUGGCUUAG